AUGUCUAAACGAUUGUCGAAAUCUCUGUUAACUAAAGAAACCAGAGAUUAUUUCUUAAGCACUCACUUCUGGGGCCCAUUAUUCAACUGGACGAUACCUUUAGCAGCUAUAUCUGACAUGCGAAAGCAUCCAAAAAUCAUUAGCGGCAAAAUGACUUUAGCCUUGACCCUGUAUUCCAUGAUGUUCAUGCGGUUUGCUUGGAAAGUACAACCGCGAAAUUUGUUGCUGUUCGCAUGCCAUUUCACAAACGCCGGGGCUCAAAUGACGCAAGGUUACAGAUUUAUCGAUUAUCACUACGGCCAACAGAAAGAGUAA